UUUUUUUUCCCGCGCAGCGUUUCUGAAGGAAAAAACAGGUCUUUUGAAACCGGUUUACCUGAAAUUUGUCCUAACCAUUCAAAAGUCGCUUCUGUUAUUCUUAUUUAGACAUUAUUUCUUAAAAGAUUUUUUAUAAACAGUUGGUAUAAUCUAGGAUUUACAUUAAGAGUUGGAUAACGUUAACGCGCUAGUCAGAGCUGAGGUCAAUAUCUAAUGCCUGUGGUGACAAUACAGGAUAUGGUAAUAAUCCCGAGAAGUUCGAUGUUAACUAGCUGUUAUUAGGUAAAAUACAGAUGUGAUGGCACGUCAUCAGGAUAAACAGGUGGAAGAAUCGAUAGACCAGGCUUUGAAACACAACUUCCGCCCCUUGGAGGAGUUACAAAAUGAGACCAGAGGAGGGGUUACUUCAAAAUGCUCCAGACAUUUCAUCUCAAAACUGGACAAACUAAUCAACAGGGAACUGGACCAGCAGAAUGUUAAGAAUGCUUCUGUGGUAUUUACCAUCUUUAACAAAUUUGGGAACACACUGGUCUUUCCAGAGGGUGAAGGUAUAUCAUCGAUGGUAUCACAAGGACUUGUGAGAAAGCUGGUCCAGUGGUUUGAGAAACUAAGAAAGUUAUGGGUUGAAGCUGGACCAACAAGGAAUGAGCUGCUUGUCAACUUAGCUGAAGACUUCUUUGAUGCAUUGAUGGUCAUUCAUGAAAGUUGUAAAGAGGGUACUUUCCAAGUAACUGAAUCCCUGCUCCAUUAUAUUGGCAAAUUGGCUUCUGAUCCCCAGGUUAACAUUCUAAUCCAAAAAGAGGCGGUGAGGAAACUGAAUAUGAUAUUAGGAAUGAUCCCAUUAGAAUUGAAGAAAGAGAAAAAGAUCUUUUCAUCCCAAGAGGCAUCAAGUGUCAUGAGUGAUUUGGCUAGUCGAAUUAUCAAGGGAGGAGAUUAUGAUCUCCAGGUGGCUUUGAUGGAGGCUCUGUGUAGAAUGACUUCCCGUGCCCAGCGGAGGGACCUGGCUGACCAGUUGUUCAGAAUGGAAUUUGUUGCCUCUGCAUUCAACAAGAUUCAGGACUCAGAGUUUGAGACUGAUUGCCGGAAAUUCUUAAAUCUAGUAAAUGGAAUGCAAGGUGAUGAUCGAAGUGUAUACUCCUAUCCUUGUCUGGAGGUGUUUUUGGAUGAGCAUGUGUUGCUCAUGCCUGUGGAUGAAAACCUUCAUGAGUUCUGGAUUGACUUCAAUGUAGGAAGCCAGAGCAUUUCCUUCUAUUUUUGCCUUGCUGAUGAUCAAGCAAAGCAGGAGAGCCAGUGGGACACUCUGUGCAUAACAGAAAAUGAAGUCCACAGCUAUACAGUACAAGAAGAGAAAGAUAUAAAAGUGCUGCAGCUGGUUCUAACUGAGCCAAUGUGUCUGAGCAGUAUUGAGGGCUCCAGGCUCCAUAUCCACUUCAGUUCCUCCUUAGACAUCCUCAAGGUCACCAAGAAAGUCUAUGGAGAAACCAAGAAUAAAAAGUUUAUCAGAAAGACCACCACAUCAGUGGUAAAAACCACUGUUCAAGUAAUCAUGGAUGAAGGAGGAUCACAGGUUCUUUUUCCUGAGAGUCAGGGUUCCUCUCAGCAUGUGGAAAAAAAUGUACCUUAUUCUGUGAGGAAUGAGACCCGCUGUCGGUCACUGUCAUCACAGGAGAGAGAUGCCCAACACAUCAACCAGCAGAUGAUAACCCCAUUAAGGAGUAAGGUGUCAGAGUCAUGUAUGUAUGUCUCUGGCAGCGCAGGGUGUAAACUUGGCAGAAGCCCUUUUAGCUGUGUGUUGCCUGAAUCUGCCUCAGGGAAGGCUAAGGUGAAACCAGCUCUAGAGAUGGUAGCUUCCUCAGUGAAGAGGAAAACUUUGGAAUUGAAAGAGCUCUUAACUGCCAGAUUAGCUGAUGGUGUGAAGUCAGUCAGUGUGGAAAGGGAAAGCUCAGUGAAACAGGUAGUUCCAGAUCUACAGAGCCCAUAUAUACAUCCAGGCCAGGAAGGUUUACAAGUGGUGGGAAAAUAUCGUCGGCACAUUCCUAUAGAGAAAGUAGUGGAAAUGGUGCAAGCUGAACAAGAGCUCCAGGAAGAGCCUUUGGAUAACAGUAUAGUACUAGACUCCCAGCCAGCUGUGUGGAGAGAAAAGUCUAUAUUACCAAGUCCCAGCUGCUUUUACAAAAAGAGACCUUCUGUGUCUGGGUCAUUAUUCCCAGGUCAACGUGAAUUUUCACAUCAGUCCAGAGCGGAGCCUCCACAGCAGUCAUUGUCAGCCCAGAGCAGUUCUGAAGGACUGAGUCACAAACAGCUUCAUGCUCAGCUCACUCAAAGGCUGGAGCAGGUGCUGAGAGAGCGUGAACAGCAGGAGCAAAACCCACAAGAGCUUCUCACUGCUGGGAAAGAGGCUGGGCUUGUGAAAAAGGCACAAAGUCCCCCCCAAACUAAACGUGCUAAAGCUGAACAGAGUGGAACUGGAAAUGGAGCUGGCAUGAGCAACACUACAAAGACAGAGAAAGCAGCCAAGAGCAUGGUGAAGCAGAUAAAUAGUCAUUAUAAUCACACUAGUACAGCAGCACAGGAGCGUCCCUCCUGGUUUAACAGCGCACCAACUAGCAGAUACAUUUUCAACAAGAGUUGGUGUCCAAAUUCAGUUGCCAAGAUCUCUGCUAAGCAAUCUAAGAAGGCGUCAAAUCAGAAUAAGGACAUUUAUGCAUUCAGUUUCAAUAUGCCAGAGGUCAGUGAGAAAAAAAAUAGGAGUUCUUUUGAAAUAUCUGGAAUGGAAAGAAGUGUACUCAGAAGUUCCCUGAGUCUUUCUAGCACCUCUAAGAUGUGUCCUCCUAUGAAGCCUGCUGGUCAUAAUGUGAAGAAGCAUCUGUUCAGUGACACUGAUACCGACAAUAUGACAGAUAUUAGCUGGCUAACAUCAGCUAACAGGAAACCUAAGCCUAAAGUGGCAGACUACACGAGACAGCCAGUUAAGCCCACUCGUCAUCCUACAACCUUAACAUUUGAAACACCAAACAUACCCAUACCCUCUCCAAAAUCUGCAAAAGCAUUGCCUAAACCAAAGAGGAAAAGGCAGAAGGUUGUAGAAGAGAAGAAUAAGACAACCAAGGAUCUUGCCAGCAGAAAGCCCAAAGAUAGGCCCAAAAGAACUUCAGUUAUGACCAGAUCCUACAGAGAGUUGUCUGAAUCUGAGAGCGAGUUAGAAACCGAUGAACAACCUCCAGCAAAGAAGUUUAUCAUCAAACAGCCAGAAAAGCCUCAGAGGACAGAUUCAGUUCUGAACAGGCCUGCUAUAGUCAAGCCACCUGUCAAAAAAACCAGUCACGUCAGGUCACAUAAAGUGCAUAAGCUUGUGAAGGAGAAAGAGGAAAAAGAAUUAUCUAAUUAUGAAAAAUCAAAGCAAAAGAAGAUGAUUGCAACUGUUCUGGGGCCCACCAAAGGAAAGGAACAUGAUUUGGUCCCGAAAAUCACUCCUAUCUGUCCUUCUGCUCUCCCUUCUAACAUAAUUAAAUCUGUAGAGAAGAGCACAACCAUGCCGAGAUCUGCUCAUGCACCUGUGGGUCCUAUGUCUAAGAAGUCUCAGGCCAUAAUACAAGAAGGAAAGAUAGGUGGCAUAAUUGAACAAGCUGAGAAAGAGAAGGAAACACCAGGAAUAGCCACUACACAUCCAGUGACGAGUGGCAACUUUAUGGAGGAGAAUGAGUUCAGUGAAAUAUUGGGUUCUAAAUGGUUAAAAAAAAGGAAGAAUUUGCUUUCUCCAGUUUCAACAAAAGAAUCUUGGGCCUCAAAAAGUACCUCUUUCUGCUUUUCGCCAUUCUCGAUUGAGAAAACGAGAUCUGCAGAGAAAAAUGCAUCGUUACCUAGAUCUCCUCUGACACCUCUCCAACCCUUGUGCAUCUCUCCCGUUGGUGCCAUUUCUCCUCCCCUGGACUUGCCUAGCCAUCUUAGAGGGAUCCAAGCUUCCUCCUUCUAUAAGUCUUCAGGAGGACAGGAUAUUGUCAGAACACUUCCUCAACCUUUUGUAACCCCUGCUGCUCAGCGACAAAGUGCUCAAGAGAAUGAUGAGCUGAGACCUGAGCAGCUUUUCUUCCAUCCCAUCAUUGCCUCCACUGCUAAGGAGAAAUGUCCUUCCAUGCUCAACUCUCCAGACCAAGACGAAGAUCUUAGGGGCUUUCUAAACAGCACCAGCCAAAGAGUCCUGCAGACAAGCUUUGAUAAAGAGUCUGUAAUCUCUUUGGUGACAUUAAGCCAAUCAUCACACACAUCUAUGAACAAUAUAGCUACGAUCUGCACUGAACUUGAGAAAACACCUGCAUCUGUUCAGAGAACCAGUGGUGAAAAGGCAGAAUCAGGUCCAGCAACCAGUCGCACUCGGCACAGCUCAUGCGAUUCAACAAGUCUUUCUGAACAAGAUGGCAGUGAAUAUGACAAGAGGAUUAAAGCUGGGCCCAGUAAACAUGCUGUUCGAAUGAAGCCAAGAAAGCUGUUCAAACCUACUGUCAAGCAACAGUCUAAGAAAAAAGGCUCUAAACAACCCAUACAAGUUGACAGCAGUACUGAAGAAGGGGAGAAAGAGAAGGGAUCGGGUACUGGGAGAGGGCCAAGACGUAGAACAGUUACUGAAGACACGGAAGUGCGGUCCACAGUGGUGUCGAGCUGUUGGAAAGGAAAUGUGGAGGCAGAUAUGGACCUUGUACAGUCUGAAGUGAGCACAUCUCAGGAGAUGGGUUAUGUAUGUCGCCAGUUGAGCUCUGAACUUAAGCGAAAAUUUGAGAACCGCUCAAGGAAAAUGGAUCUGUUCACCAAGCAGUCCCUAAAGACCUGCAGGCAGCAUGUUUCCACUAUAACCAUGAAAGUGCAAGAGUACAGGUCUCAGAGGCUGGAGGCAGUUAAACAAGUUCUAAUGGAUGAAAUAAAAAACUUAGAACAAGAUGACACAACACUACGGAACAUGGAAGCAGAGCUGACUACUUACUGGAAGAAGCACACCCUGGAUUUUCACGCUUACCAGGAGCGAGGAACACAAAGGCUAAAUAAUUUAAGAAGCACAAUCGAAACAAAUCUGUGCCAAAACACGGACUGUGAGGAACAGAUCUUUUUUUCACAGAUGCAUUUGAUGAAGAAAGAUAUGACAUCUGUUCAGGAUCACCUAUUCAGACAGAUGCACGAGGAAGAGUUUAAAAGUGUACGUAAAGGACUACAGGCCUUGUUCCUUUCAGAUGUACCUAGGUUUUUACGAUAGAAACCAACCGGAGGAAGUAAUGUUCAAGAUGGUUUAAAAGCAGGUUCUUAUUUUACAGCA